AUGGAUGAGAAGAAUAUGAAAGGUGAGGGUGAGUCACUUGGCCGGGAUUUGGACCUUGGUCAAGUGCUUGCUAUCCAAGCGACACCCGAGGAGGAACGGAGAGUGCUAUGGAAGCUUGAUCUUGUAUUGAUCCCCUUGAUGGGAGUUGCAUAUUUUCUCCAAUUCCUCGAUAAACUCGCUUUGAGUCAGGCGACAUUGUUCAACUUGCGACAGGAUUUAAACAUGCAUGGAAACGAAUACUCCUGGGCGUCUGCCAUCUUCUAUUUCGGAUACUUUGCAUGGAGCUGGCCAAGUUCGUAUAUCAUCGUUCGACUUCCGAUUGGAAAAUACAUCUCAUGUUCAGUGUUCCUAUGGGGUGGUAUUCUUAUGUGCCAUGCUGCUUGCUCUAAUUGGAGUGGACUAAUGACAGUCCGUUUCUUCUUGGGUGUUGGUGAAGCGGCCAUUGCACCGGGAUUCACGUUGCUUACGGGCAUGUUCUAUAAACGUGAGGAGCAACCCCUUAGACAAUCUGCCUGGUUCUUUGGAAACUGUAUCGCCGUCCUCAUUGGUGGAUUGAUUGCCUAUGGUAUCGGAACUAUACACACAUCUGUUAUCGAACACUGGAAGCUGCUGUUCCUUAUUCUCGGUGCCAUAACUUCGUUCUACGCCAUUGUCUUGUUUGUCCUCCUACCGGACUCGCCUGCCAAAGCCAUCUUUUUGAAGCAUAACGAGCGGGCUAUCGCUGUGCAACGGACGUUGAAGAACAAGACAGGUGUGAUGGAUACCGGUGUUUUCAAAUGGUCGCAGGCCCUUCAGGCUCUUAAGGACCCACAAAUGUGGCUUUUGGUUCUAAAUUCAUUCACUUCAAACCUGGCCAACGGAGGUCUUACAAGUUUUACAUCGAUCAUCACCGCUGGUUUCGGGUUCACUGAUUUAAAGGCCCUCAUUAUGCAAAUGCCCCAAGGUGGUGCACAGAUUGUAUUCUUGCUCAUCACGUCAAUUGCCACAACAUUCAUCCCAUCAUCCCGUAUCCUGGGAAUGAUCCUCAACACCAUAGUUUCGAUUGUGGGUCUGAUUCUCAUUUGGAAGCUUGACCCUAACGAUCAGGUCGGGCGAAUGGUUGGAUUGACGCUGGCCGUUGUCUAUGCGAUCAAUCUUCCUAUCUCUCUGAGUAUUGUGACAUCGAAUGUGGCCGGAUUCUCCAAAAAGAGUGUCGUAAGUUCGCUGUUGUUUAUUGCGUACUGCAUUGGUAAUAUUGUUGGGCCUCAAUUCUUCUUGGCAUCAGAGGAGCCAUCGUAUCCGACUGGCAUCAAAGCCUCAAUGUCAGGCUUGGUACUGAGUCUCUUUUUCCUUAUCAGCUUAUAUUCAUAUUACACCUGGGAGAACCACCGACGGGACAGGCUGUAUGGUUUGCCGGAGGAAAUGACUGUAGGCGCAGAGCUGCAGGAUGAGUUGUCAAACAAGACAGAUCGGGAGAUUGAAAGCUUCCGUUAUCUUCUCUAG